AUGGGAAUAUUAAGAUUGGUUCCAGUGAGAGUAAACCCAUAUCAACCGUCUAGCUUCACAUGUUAUGCUGAGGCUAUCCCACUUCCCGAUGCAUCCUCAGUUGAUCUUUACAGACGUACUGGAGACAUAAAUAACAGGACAGGAAUCACCAGGAGAUCUAGCACUGUCUUAGGGUCAGAACGAGCUGUUGUCUUUGAUGUUGAUAGUGUGCAUCCACAGGAAGAUGGGAGAUACGAGUGCAGUCUUACUGUUGAAGGUGUAGGCUAUCCCAGUACGCUCAUUACCAACGCAACCUAUGUUCUGCCAGUCAUAGAGAAAGAACCAGUGAUAUUGAGCACCACGUCAACUACAGUAGGUCUUCGAUGGAAUGCAUGGUCUGAAGAAGAUGACAAAGGUGAUCCUCCUCUGGUAGGAUAUGAUGUCUUUGUAAAGAAGGAAACUGACUGGGUAACGGAUCAGAGAGUAGACCAAGUCACAACAUCAGCUAUCGUUAGUAACCUGACACCCGACACAGAUUACAGGUUUCGUGUAGCAGCAGUGAGGGAAGGAACAGGUGGAACAGGACCCAUGUCUCCUAGGAACAACACAAUAACUCUCUGUAGAAAACCCAGUGCUUCUCCAACUGGACUACAAGUUUCAGCCAUCAACCCUAAAGAGCUAGAGGUGACAUGGGAGCAUCUCCAAUCAGAAUCAGCAGAAUGCCGAAGUGGAGUGACUCAUUAUAUGAUAUAUUACGCUCCCUCUGGUUCAAUUCCUUUAAACUCUCUCAUGGUUCGUAAUGACACAAGCUCUUACACGAUAAGAGGGUUGGAUACCUAUCUGGACUAUACCAUCCAAAUAACUGCAUCAAAUAAAGACGAGGAAAGUGAUAGGAGCAGGGAGACUAUCGGCAAAACGAUUGAAGAAGUUGCACCUAGUCCUAUUAAUGUGGCUAUACCACAGAGUACUACAAGCUCCUUCACUGUAUCCUGGUCUACGCCUCUACCAUAUAACAUCAAUGGUAACAUCCAGAAGUAUAUCAUCCGCUUCAAGCAAACUGAUCCCAUUGUUGAUGGUGACUAUAAGAUGGAGGAAGUAUUGAAUGGUAUGUUUGGAGGAGAGCAUACUGUGGUAGACCUGACAGCACAGUCCAACUACUCAGUUCAGGUACAGACUGUUAAUGGAGCUGGUUCUAGUAAUUGGUCAGAACCUGUGAAUGCUAAGACGAUGACACCGGGUUGCCCUCCAUGUGCGUCAGUAGGACUGAUAGUAGGGAGUGCCAUGGCUGCCCUCGUUAUCAACAACCUGGUCAUUAUUCUCGUCAUUGUCAUCUUUAGAAGGAUUAAACAAAGACGUUUGAACGCUGAACCAGCCGCGUCGCCACCAAAUAAAGCACAAGAGACCUCUUCGAAGUAUGGGAACCCUGCAUUUGAUGACUCGGACACCCAUGCAUACCAAGAUCUCAAUACAGACACACCUAAUUACCAGAAUCUUACCGACCCCCAUAACUAUCAAGAUCUUAAGAAACCCAACAUCGACGUUAACUAUCAAAAUGUCACAAAAUCAGACCCGGGAGACACUUAUGAAGAAAUAUAGAAACAACCCUAGCGUGGCGAAGGUGUAUGGUGCCAACAUUGAUACUUGCUGGAUCAACAAUUAUCCUUUCGCUCCCAUACAGACUUUAAUUUUUUUGAAAAUAGUAUACUUAAGGUACAAGACUUAUAUUUUGUCCAACUAGGUCAAUUAAUAUAUGAUUAUAAAAAUAAUAUGUUGCCAUCUGUUUUUCAAGAAAUGUAUUUUUUAAACAGCUCAGUCCAUAAUUACCCAACAAGACAUUCGGAGGAUUUUUCAUUUACCUCUCUUGCGGACCCUCUUAGCUCAGAAAAACAUUUAUAUAGGAAGGCUCCAUCGAUUAAUAUUCAUAAGAAUUGUUUUUAUUACAAUCAUAUAAACCUCAUUGAGGUAUAAGAUGUUGCUGUUGUUUUAGUUGAAUACAAGAUCUUUCUCAACUCAGUGACUCAAAAUGUAAUUUGAUAUAUUAUAUUAUGCCCUCUCGUGCUUAUCUCCUUUCUAAUGCGCAUUUCUCUUCCCUCAUAUCCUUCUCAACCCCAAAUGCAACUCUUCCUUUUGUAUUAUUUUCUAUACCCCCGAUCUCUCACUCCCUUUUGGCAUCGUCUACUCCUUGUGUUGUGACCGUGUUCCUUUGUCAUGUAAAGUACUGUCUUGUCCUGUUCUCGUCUCUCAUUUUCAUUUUUCAUUUCAUUUCAUUUAUUUAACCAGUAUAAAAACAAUUUACAAUGAAAAUACAAUAUACAAUAUACAAUAUAAUGGUUAGGACCCCUAAGAAGCAGAAAUCUGCUUGUAAUCGGGGCCCUGCAAACAAACAAUAACAAGAUAAUGCACAUAAAUUAACAAUACAAAGUAAAGGACUUAAAUAAUACAAGUACGCACCCGUACAUCAACACACACGCACGUUCAUAAAGGUUACAGAGAAAGAAUAGAAGGAAGCGAAAAUAGGGCAGAAAGAGAUAAAAGUAGAAAAAAGAUGGGAAAGAGAAGUACUUACUCAAGCAUGGAUUGAAAAAUACUUUUUUUAUACAUUGAUUUAAAUCUGGUAAUUGUAGAACUGGAUCUUAGGUCAUAAUUCAAGGAAUUCCACUCCCGUACCCCAACAAAUGAUAUAGAAUUAUACAUUAAAGUUGAACGACAGAGUGGGUGAUGUAAAUUUAGACGUUGACGAGUGGGGUAAUUGUGAACAGAAGAAUUUGUUUGGAA